AAUCCACACUUUUAUAUAUAUUUUUUUUCUUUUUUAUAAUUUUUUCAACCAUGUACAGUAAAAAAGUGCAUAUACAUAAGCUGACACUCCAUCUAACUUUUGAAGUUAUGUUACAUAAAAUAAUUAUUGUCAAAUUUGAACUUGUAUUUUCAAACUUAUUAUUAAUCUGAUUUUUUAUGUAAUGAGCCCUAAAUAUAGAUAUUAAACACCCCCUCCAAAAAAAAUAAUAAUAAAAAUUGAAAGAAGAACACCAUAUGUACAGAUAUAUAUGUGUGUAUAAAUUUCUAUAUCUAGGGGGGUGGUUUAGUUCAGGAUUAUAGUAGUGGAAAAUACAAAAUUUAAAUGAAAAAAAAGAAAGAGAAGUAAAUAAGUUGUAGAGAUAUGUGAAAUGUCGCCGUUCAUUGUCAGUUAUCUACUCCAUAUACCUUUUGCUUUAGCCAAAAUGAACUCUCAUCAUCAUCGUCACGAGUCACGAACCCUAGAGAAGGAGAUUGGCUGUGGUGGCUCAUCAGCACCUAAAGUUAACAACGAUCAGGCUCAACAAUAAUAUGAACGAGGAGGCAGUUGUGUGCUCUGGUCCUUGGCAAAAUAUUCUGUCAAAUAUUUUGGUUUGUAUACAAACAGUAUGUAUACAGUAUCUUUUGCUGCUUCAGUUUCAGGAACUGGUCCUUGUGUUCAUGCUGGUGAAAAAUGAUGCUUUUAUUGGCACAGGUGUGCUCAACUUACUCUAAUCGGAAGUUCUUGAGAGUGAAAAAUGAAAAAUGGCCCAUUGAAAAUGUUGACGUUUUUUCGUUCACCGAGAUGUCUCUCCUUCUUACUCGAAAAACAAACCGCCAUAAACCAUCUCAAAGAGAUUCAUGCUCAACUGAUCAUCGACGGCCUCAAAUCACCUCGCAUUUUCGCCAAAUUGAUCGAACGUUACUGUGCUGUAUCAUCUCCUCAAGGCACCAACUAUGCACAUUUAAUCCCAACCCAAUUUCAUGAUCAAAAUGUAUAUCUCUUGAAUGUUCUGAUCAGAUGUACUCCUCCCAGAAGCGCCAUUCUUGUUUUUGCCAAUUGGGUUUCUAGGGCUGAGCUCAAUUUCGAUGAUUCAACUUACAUUUUUGUUCUUGGAGCCUGCGCUCGAUCUUCUCCAGUUUCAGCAUUGUGGGAAGGGAAGCAGAUACAUGCUCGGAUUGUAAAACAUGGUUUUUUGUCGAAUGUAUUUAUUCAAACCACUACGAUUCAUUUCUAUGCGCGCAAUAAGGAUGUUGGAUCUGCACGGAAGGUGUUCGAUGAAAUGGAUAUGAGAAAUAUUGUUGCUUGUAAUGCAAUGAUGUCGGGUUAUUGUUCACAAAAAGAGAGAGUCAAAGAGUAUGCUUAUGAUGCUCUUUUGUUGUUCCGGGACGUGUUGGUUGAUGUUUAUGGAGUGGAGGCAACAGAUACUACCGUCCUUUGUGUUCUCUCAGCAGCUUCUCAAUUGGGUGUUUUGGAAACUGGUGUUUGUGUUCAUGGGUUUGUAGAGAAGACAAUCUGUCUCCCCGAAAAUGAUGUAUUUCUUGGGACUGGCUUGGUUGACAUGUAUUCAAAAUGUGGGUGUCUAGACAGUGCCUUUUGUGUAUUCAAUAGAAUGAAAGUAAAAAAUGUCUUGACUUGGACAGCUAUGACAACUGGGCUAGCCAUUCAUGGGAAAGGUAAAGAAGCUUUGGAGCUUUUGGAUGCUAUGAAGGCUAAUGGUGUUAAACCAAAUGCAGUGACCUUCACUAGCUUGUUUUCUGCUUGCUGCCAUGCGGGGCUUGUAGAAGAAGGCCUCCAUUUGUUCCAUAGCAUGGAGAGCAAGUUCGGAGUCAUUCCGAUGAUACAACAUUAUGGAUGCAUUGUUGAUCUUUUGGGCCGUGCUGGGCACUUAAAAGAGGCCUAUGAGUUCAUAGUUGGCAUUAAGUUUAAACGUGAUUUGGUUUUGUGGAGGAGUUUGCUAAAUGCAUGCAAAGUUCAUGAGGAUGUUGUCAUGGGAGAGAAGGUGGGAAAGCUACUUCUCCAGGCACAACACAUGCAGGAUAUAGCUGGUUUAGCAGGUUCGGGUGAAGACUACAUAGCUUUGUCCAAUGUUUAUGCCUCUGCAGAAAGGUGGGAAGACGUGGAGAUGGUAAGAGAGGUGAUGAAGAUUAAGGGAAUAGAAUUUAACCCUGGAGGCAGCUCAGUUUAUUCUCUCAGCAGCCACCUUUAAAUGGAUUACAGGUCGAUAACUCAUUAACAUUUUUCGGAAAGAUAACUCAUUAACAUUUUUCGGAAAGAUUUCGUUAACAUUUAGGCAAAUGAAAACAUUAGAAAACAAGAAAAAAAAAAAUCCAAAUUGAUGUUUUCUAGAUAUUGUCAUAAAAUUUCAAAACAUUUAUUGAAUCAUGGUGAAGUAUAGAAAAUUUCAACUUUCUGAUUUGUCCUUUUGCUGACUGCAAUUUCUGUUCUGACUUCUAUUUUUAUUCUUCUUGUUUUUUGGUUAGAAAUUAAUACUGGUAAUCUAAUACAUUCACCAUAUUCCAUUUACCCUUUAUGAUGAAAUUAUGGUUUGAAAUUUAAACAGUUCAUGACUUACCAAAAAAAAAAUUUAAACAGUUCAUGAUUUAACAUGACGACUUAAAGAGAGAGAACCUGUGUGCAUAAUUUUCACUUACUGAAAGUGCCAAUAAUCAACUAGAUAUGGAGAGUAAAAAUGUAUUUGAACAUCUGUAUCUGAAAUCAUUUUAAAAACAGUCAUUGUCAAAAUAUGACAACUUUUUAUUGACACAUUCUGGAUCAUGAUAUACUAAUUGGUACUACUAGGUAGUGAAUCAGAAACAGAUAUUGCAAAUCCAAACUUGUUUUGCCUUUUUCAUACUUCACAGCUCCUAUAGGGAGGGAUUAUUAGACCCUGGAGAUAGUCAGCUUCACUCUCAACGAGUCCACAAAGUUUGCAUGCAGUACUUUCCAGAUGCAGUUCACUGCCAGUCUGCCAUGGUGCCACCUGAUCAUGAUUGAAAAAAACCUCUCUUGAAUCUUAUUGUCUACUGCACUUAUCCAUUAUAUUAUCCUCUCUUUUUUUCUUUCUUUUUUUUCUUUUUUUUUUGACAUAGAAACUGUUACUUAACCUUUGCUCUUGCUUGAUCAUCUACAACCUCAACAAUAAUAUGAACGAGGAGCCAGUUGUGUGCUCUGGUCCUUGGCAUAAGAUUCUGUCAAAUAUUUUGGUUUGUAUACAAACAGUAUGUAUACAGUAUGUUUUGCUGCUUCAGUUUCAGGAACUGGUCCUUGUGUUCAUGCCGGUGAAAAAUGAUACUUUUAUUGGUACAGAUGUGCUCACCUCGUACUCUAAUCAGAAUGGGUUGGGAGUCUUCCCAAAUCACCCAUGAUCCAGAAUUGAUGUUACAGAGCUUGGUUGGUAUUCACACGCACAUGCCUCCACCGAGGUUCGAACCCCUUACCUCCCUUUGGAAAGUAGGAACCUAUCCAAAGAGAGUUUGUUCCUCAAGAAGUUUGUGACCUGUUAUGAGGAGGAAGCCCCUCAGUUGUUGAAACUAUAUCAAGAAAAAUUGGGCCUUUGAAAAUUACAUGGUCAUGAUUACGAAGGCAAGAGUGGAACAUACCAGUUGUAGAAUAUCUACUUCCUUUUUCACCAUCUGCUCUCACACCACCCGCGUUUCGAUUUAGGUCAUUAUGAACAAUUUCUUGUUUUUGUUUUUCCCUUGGAUUUUAAUGAUCCUAAUUCAAUUUUUUUGGCAAA